CCCUGCCGCCGCCCCGCCCAGGCUCCUCGGAGGGUGCGGGCUGUGUGUGGGGCGGGAACGAGUCCCGGACCUGCCAAGGGCUGACGCGCAGGAGAAAAGUUGUGCCUUGACCUUCUCUCUCUCUCGGUGAUUUGUCCCCGGGUCCUCAGGCUGAGUGGAAACCGGGGCUGGAGGUCACCGCGCCCAGACGCCCGAGGGCAGCUGCCCGGGCGCCCGGAGUUGGGUGUUGGGCCCGGGAGGAGCCGGCUCUGCCCCGCAGUUAGUGCCCUGCGCACUGGCGGCUCGGUUGUCCCCCGGACUGCCGCACAAACUUUCUGACUGUCGAGGGGACACUGCGUGCGUGGCGGGUGGACCGCCCGUAGUGCUGGGAAUGGAACUAAAACUUCAUGAAUUCUAGAUUUUGAGUCUCUGGGGGUUUCCUGACAGAGCCAAAUGUUAGAGAAGUCCUUCGCAUUCCUCUGCAAGGUGAAGUGAACGAAUACAACCCGAGAGUGUGUGGAGAAGAAAGGCAUUCACAGAGCAGUGGUGGCAGAACUUUGUUUAGCAGCCCCCGUUGCAUGUUCAGUUUGCUGAAUCCUGCUGUGAGGGCGUCAGUCAGUGGCAUCACCAAUCCAGUUGUGAAACAGGUUUUGGAAAGUGACCAUGAAGACUGAAGAAGUUACAUUUUUAACAUGAUACCUGAAGUUAAUGACUGCCUCCAACGUUUUCUUGAAAAUUAAAUAUGACUUAGAAGUGUCAAAAGUUUAUGAUGUCAUCAGUUUCGACAGAAAGCAAACUCCAGCAGGCUGUCAGCCUGAAGGGAGUUGACCCAGAAACAUGCAUGAUUGUGUUUAAGAACCACUGGGCACAGGUGGUUGAUAUGUUGCAGGUUGUGAAGAUCUUAGAGAAGCAUGACCCCCUGAAGAACGCCCAGGCAAAAUAUGGGUCCAUCCCCCCAGAUGAGGCCAGCGCUGUGCAGAACUAUGUGGAACACAUGCUUUUUCUGCUAAUCGAAGAACAGGCCAAGGAUGCUGCGAUGGGGCCAAUUCUGGAAUUUGUGGUCUGUGAGAAUAUCAUGGAAAAGCUCUUCCUUUGGAGCCUGAGACGGGAAUUCACCGAUGAAACCAAAAUCGAGCAGCUAAAGAUGUAUGAGAUGUUGAUCACCCAGUCGUCCCAGCCUCUGCUGCACCACAAGCCCAUCCUCAAGCCCCUGAUGAUGCUGCUAAGCUCCUGUUCCGGGACAGCAACCCCAGCUGUGGAGGGGAAGCUAGUUGUCCUGCUCAACCAGCUCUGCUCCAUCCUUGCCAAAGAUCCAUCCAUUUUAGAACUCUUCUUCCACACCAGCGAGGACCAAGGGGCCGCCAACUUCCUCAUCUUCUCCCUUCUGAUACCCUUCAUUCAUCGAGAGGGCACAGUAGGCCAGCAAGCUCGGGAUGCUUUGCUGUUUAUCAUGUCUCUCUCUGCUGAGAACAGCAUGGUGGCCAAUCACAUCGUGGAGAAUACCUACUUCUGUCCAGUACUUGCAACUGGACUCAGUGGCCUCUACUCGUCCCUGCCCACAAAGCUGGAAGAAAAGGGUGAGGAGUGGCACUGCCUUCUGAAAGACGACUGGCUGCUGCUGCCUCCCCUCGUGCAGUUCAUGAACUCGCUGGAGUUCUGUAAUGCAGUCAUCCAGGUGGCCCACCCUUUGAUUCGCUCUCAGCUGGUCAGCUACAUUUACAAUGGAUUCUUGGUACCAGUAUUGGCUCCUGCCCUCCAUAAGGUGACGGUGGAGGAGGUCAUGACCACAACUGCAUACCUGGACCUUUUCCUGCGAAGCAUCUCUGAACCAGCACUUCUGGAGAUCUUCCUCCGCUUCAUCCUCCUGCACCAACAUGAAAAUGUCCACAUUCUGGACACUCUCACCAGCCGGAUCAACACCCCUUUUCGGCUCUGUGUGGUGUCCCUGGCGCUGUUCAGAACUCUCAUCGGUUUACACUGUGAAGAUGUGAUGUUACAACUAGUUUUAAGGUAUCUGAUCCCCUGCAAUCACAUGAUGCUGAGUCAAAGGUGGGCCGUGAAGGAAGGAGACUGCUACUCCGUGUCCGCGGCCAAGCUGCUUGCCUUGACGCCCGUCUGCUGUACCAGUGGCAUCACCCUGACCCUUGGGACCCAGGAAAGGGAUUACAUCCUCUGGUCAAAGUGCAUGCAUGCUGGUUCAGGACCCGAGGAACAGCCGCUGCCAGAAGCGCCCUGCCCAUCUCCUCCACCCGCCCCUCCUUCCCCUCCUGGCCCAGCAGCCUGCAUUGUGGAGUAUGGGAAGACCCUGGACAUCAGCUACCUGCAGUAUCUGUGGGAGGCCCACGCCAACAUUCUCCACUGCAUGAGGGACUGCAGGGUGUGGUCAGCCCUCUAUGAUGGGGACUCACCUGACCCCGAGACCUUUCUGCAGAGUCUGCCAGAGGAGAGCCGAGAAAGUUCAGGCCCGCCGGAGGCUAGACUCUCUCAGCAGCACACCAGGACAGCAGGCCAGACGAAGGACAAGAACCAGUCAGAGCUGGAAUGGGAUGACAGCUAUGACACUGGCAUCUCAUCUGGAGCUGAUGUGAGCUCUCCUGGGCCCUACGACGACGUGGAGACUCCAGCCCCACCGGCACCCGUUGACCCCCCCAAACACAUCCAAGAGAUGAAGAAGAACGCCAUCCUCCUCUUCAAAGGGUCCUACAUAGAAGAGUCAGACUUCCAGGAUGACGUGAUGGUAUAUAGGCUGUGUGCUGAGAAGGACUCUGAGGACGCCAGGGAGCCACAGGGAGACGUGGCUGACCCACCAGCUGAGGCCCAGCCCCAGGACCAGCCUGAAGCCCAGAGUCCCCCCAUGAGCAACGGACCUCUCUUUAGCCCUGAUCCUGAGGCAGAGGCACGACCCAGCAGGGAGAGUUCAGACCUGUGUCAGAACACGUUCUCAGAAGCCAAGCAAGAGAGUGAGCCUGAUGCAGCCUUGGAAUCAAACCCGGGGUUGACAGCCCCUGCAUUUGAGGUGGACGUCCAGUCAGACCUGCCCGUUGCCAACUCAGAGAGUGAAGAUUUUAUUGCACAGUACGACCAAAUCAUCCAAGAGCUGGAUUCUGGCACCGAGGGCUUGAUGGACCAGAGCAUCCCUUCCUCUGACCCCCCGCUUCUUACAAACCAGGAAGAGAGGCGAGAAGAAGGCAGAGGAGAAGAGGAGGAUGACUUCGACUCCCUCAUGGCAGAAGCUCCUGCUGUGGAGACUGUGCCGUCCCCAUUUGGUGUCAGAGAGGACGCGGCCUUCACCAGUCACCAUCCCGUGAGGACUCAAAGCACCCCGUUCACAGGUCCAUUCAUCAGUGUGGUCCUGUCAAAGCUGGAGAACAUGCUAGAGAACUCUCUGCACGUCAACUUGCUUCUCAUUGGCAUCAUCACCCAGCUGGCCAGCUACCCCCAGCCACUCCUGCGCUCCUUCCUCCUCAACACCAACAUGGUCUUCCAGCCCAGCGUCCGCUCUCUCUACCAGGUCCUCGCGUCUGUGAAAAACAAGAUUGAGCAGUUCGCUUCCAUGGAGAGGGACUUCCCAGGGCUCCUCAUCCAAGCCCAGCAGUACCUGCUCUUCCGCGUGGACAUGUCUGAUGUGACCCCUGUGGCACUCACCAAAGAUCCCAUUCAAGAGGUCUCCAGGACAGAAGGUGACAAGACCCUUGUGGAUAGCCCUCCACGAGUGCUUCAGCCCUUCCUGGGCCACAGAGCCAAGGUGCCUGGGGCACCCCCAAACCUGCCUCUGCCAGUGAAGAACACCAUGCUGGCUGCCGCUCUCUUCCCAGAGUUCCUGAAGGAGCUGGCAGCCUUGGCUCAAGAACACUCAAUUCUGUGUUACAAGAUCCUGGGGGACUUCGAGGACUCCUGCUGUUAGCUUUUUAUACUACUAUUUUAAUAGAGAUUCGGUUUUAUAAGGUUAUAGUGUCUUGACUGAAUGUUAAAUGCAAAGCUGCUUAUCAAAAACUGUCUACUUGGAUACUUCCUGACAAUACUUGAUUUGUAGAGAGGGUUUUUGUGUGCAUCUCCUCUCUCCAGCCGGGUCUCCCCUUAUUAUACAGAAUGUAAGUCUCUGGGCUGGUGGUCCUCUUGGCGGGUCUUUCUGCCCAGUGUUUCCUCUUCACAUGAUCCGUAGUUGCUCUUCCAUCCCUUGGAGUGGAUCAUUCAGCUUGUAGUUCAGACAGCUCCGAGCACACACUGAGGUUCUGUGACCUCUGCACACCCAUGGGUGGGUGUCAGCUAGUCAGCAGCCUCAGGGAAGUUCCUCCACAGCUGCCUGCACAUGCCUGUUACCCUCUACCCUCUGUAAACUGCAAGAACAAUGUGGAGCUCCGCCUGCCACACAGGUACACAUCAUCUGCCGCUAUGAAUUUACUUCUAGGACUUGCAAUCUCUCCACACGCAUUGCCUUAUGUUGUGGGAGAAUUCCCCAGCCCCGGCUGCCUGCCCGAAAAUUCACACGGAAAGAAUUUGGAAUGUGGGGAGUUUUUUCCUGCUGCUGCUUGAAAGCUUGCUCUAGUCACUGGGGCACAACCCAAACCCAAGACUGCCUUAAUUUAGGAAGAUUUGCACAAAGUGAAGCAAACCUAUGCACACUUUGGAUCUUAGGCAUUUGAUCAGAUGAACAAAGUGUGGUAUCGUAUAUUUAUGCAAAAAAAACCCCAACCCUUAUUGUUUAGGUGUUUUAUGAAAAGAAAUGUUAACUUGUGAAGCCAUAGAGGAUGUUUUUUGUGGGAGUGGGCAGAGUUUGGAAUGGGUACAAAAGAUAAAAUUAUGCUGACGCAACUUGUGAAAACACUGGUUGUUAUUCUCUUCUGCUAAUAGGUUGCACUUUGUAGAGAAGUGAGCACUGUGCAGCUCCUGUUGGCGGCUGGGAUGGAAAUGCAUACGGGUCCCAGGGAGCUUGUAAAGCUAGGUGCCUACUGGUGACUCCCUCUUCAUGGCCGUGGCGUAUGUCUAGUAUCCAGUUGUGGAGGAUACGCCAGUGGGGAUGUACUGGUGGCGUUGGCUACUUGCCAGCCUGCUCCCAGCAGCAUGGCCAUACUUCAGCCACAGCCAUACAAAGACAGGGAAGAACCCAGAAAAAACAAGACCACAAACAACUGGUAUUUAUGAUAAUUAUUAAAGUCCCCUUAUGUUCAGAUCCAGCUCUGAAGUGAGAAGGUGGAGGGUCCCCAAUGGAAGGAUGCUAGGCCCAGCUCUGUUCUUUGUGGGCAUCUCUGCUGAGCCCCAAGGGUGGCACCAGUUCCAUUAGUUGUACCUCAGGAACGCUAGUAUGUCAUUCAGGUCCUGGUACCGGAGGGCAUUGGAGAGCUGAGGGGUCUUUGUGGGGUCUUGAAGCAGCUUUGCUUUGAGGAAGCUGGAGAGCCAGGCCAUGAGACAAAUGCCCUGGAGAUCUGGCCAGGGCUCGGUGAGCUUUAGGAGCCAGCCUAGCAGUGUAUCAUAGGCUAAACAAGGAUCCUUGAUACCUGUUCAUGGAACAUUGCUGACUUUACAUUUGUCCUGAAAAGCAGUUUGCCUAGCCAUGGUGCAGCAGCCAGCACAUGGAAAGCACAGUAAAUUGGCCUGCUCUUGCCUUCCUGAUGAGUGCCCACAAGUCUCCAUUGAGAAGGAGAGUGGCUUCAGAGAGGAACAACUAGAGGAAUUGUUACUCCUUCAACCCCACUUUGUCUGGUUAUCUGUGUUUGCCAUGUCACUGAAUGCUGAAGCCGUAUCUGCAAAUGGAGUUCUUUAGCUUUGUGGUUUUAUGCCCAUCAUUAUCGGUAUUGGUUCUUCUCAAGUCCUUAUUUCUUUUUUCUUCUUCCUUUAAAAAAAAUAUGCUAAGCAAGCAUGCUGCUACUUGGCUAUACUCUCUACCUUUUCUACAUAUUUAUUAAUUUAUUAUACACCCCAGAGUCCCCUUCGUGGAAGGUGCUUGUUGGGCAAGAGUGACUGUGUGUUGUUCUCCCCCACCCCACCCCAAGGUACUGAUGUAGACUUAGGUUAAGGGGGAAGGGUCUGGAAAUCAGGUUCCCUGGGGUGGGAUGUUGAUAGCAAACUCACUUGGCUCUUCUCUGAAUGCUUCCAGACUUCCCUAAGAGGGCUGUGCUCAGAGUUUUACAAAACAGAAGUCAGAAAACUGAUCUGGGAAUAGAGCAUCGAGCACCUCAAGGCCCGUGCAGUUGAGCUAAGUAGUCAGGAAUGGUGUGGACUUGCCCAGAGCAAAUCUGAGCUACAGACAGAGCAAGUCCCGAUGAUUUGGAAGAGUGAACACUGCUCUGGGCAGACAGGUGACGACAGGAGCUCUUUGUGGGGAAGGAAGAGUCGCGAGGUAGGUUAUCUUAGUCCCAAAGUUCACAGGUUGACCAUCCCCCUCCCCUCUCUGGUAAUACAUUUUGGGAGAGAAAUUUGAAAGAUAUCUGACAUGUCUAAAAUAUGGUCCAGGGACUGUGUCCUCUCCCUGUGACAGGCGUCAUCAGCUGCCAUGCCUGAGGAGCAGCAGUAGACACCACUGUUUGGCACAGACCCUGGACUGGCGUCGCUGUGUCUAGCCCGAUGGACCUCAGCAGGGACAGGGGGAAGAGGGUUCCUGGAACAUCACAACAUUAACCUGGGUCCAUAAUUCAAGGUCUGAUUUAAGGUCUAGACUGAGUGAAUUUUAUGGUUCAAAAUACAUGAGCACACCGGGAUAGUUAAAAUUGAUUUUUUAAAAAAUCUGAACAAAGAAAAUCCAGUGUAGAAUUCCAGUCUCCCAGCUCUGGAGUGCAGUUGCAAGAAGAACUAAUUAAAGGUGGUUUGAUCAUCAAACCCCUCCUUUCUCUGAUGCAGCCACUGGAAGAUGGCCCCCAUUUGGUUUAACGUGGUUGGGGAAAGUAGGGUGACACCCCGCCCCCACCCCACCCGAGAGUGGAGUGAUAUCUGUUGUGUGACAUGGUCUCCAUUCAGUGCUCUGCAGUCCUCAGGAGCAGGUCCUCACCAAGUGGCUUGUAUUUAGGUUAGAUGUAGUUGUUGGUUUUCAGCCCACUAAGACAUCUUGAGGUGGGGUGUCGUCAUGUGAAUCAAAGCUAGAAACUGGAUCUGUGAAUGUCUGGGGUUGGUCUAGUCGGGGCAGCCAGUCGUUUGCAUCCCUGCAGUAAUCACGUGAGCUUGCUUCCAGCUCCAUUUAGAGGUCUAAAGUUGUAAUGUGGCUACCCAUUCCGGAUUGGUGUACCCCAGGUUACUCUCAGUAGGGAAGUCUGGCCAGCAUGGUGGAGCAUGUCACAGGCAUGAUAUUAAACAUGCCUGUGUUCCAGUUCUCACUGGAGGGCAGCCUGGUUCGGUUGCUGAUGAGCAGCCGGGGGUUUGCCGAGACGGCUGUCGGGCUUGCCAUCUUCAUGACGUGCUUCCUGGCAGGGCAGCUGCUCAUGCACAUGCCACUUCAAGUCACUGGCCGGGACGGUACAGUUCGCUGCACACCUCGAGUCACUUCCGCCCUUAGCUUUCCCGAGGCAGCGGUUCCCCUGGCAGCUGAGGCCACAGCAGCUUUAGACCAUUUGGGGGAUAUCUUAGCCCUUUCCACGUCCUCUGCCCAUCACAUACCAGCUUAGAACAACUUGUCAAGAGUGUGUGCUCCACCCUUAAGUCCAUCAAGGAAGGAGACAUUUAUAGAGAAUGGAGUUAGACUUUAUCUUCUUUUGGAAUGACCAUCAUAAACCUAAUGCUUCACAAAAAGCUCUUGGAUGACUCAGAAUGGCUUCUGGGAUAAUUUUGCCUCAGCAAAUCCCCUUUACAUCCAGGCAUUAUUAACUCAUUACUUGUUUUGGAGGGCAGAUUAUCUUGGCGGCUUGUUAACUGGAUAAACAGGGCUUUAGGAAGAGAUUUUCUGUGGAGCUCUUUAGGGGAACGGGACCACAGGAGAGGGAGAGGGAGAGGGAGGCUGGGUGGGUCGGUAUCUGUGGUUCCUUGUCCCAGAGCCCGCCUGCUGAUGUAGCUGGUUUUAGCUAGAACUGGGCACAGCAAGCUGUGUUCUUGUCUUUGAAGGUGUGAGUUCACCCAGGUCCCUGCUGCCCACACAACCCUGACCACAGGAUUUUGUCCCUGUGUUCCUUCCGGGUUCUUUCAGGGAGCUGAGAUGGGCUGUGUCACCUCAGAACCUGAAAAGGCAGGCGACGGAAGUGCUCAGGCCAGGUUAUCUAGUCACUGAGCUGAGGCUGCACAAGCCUGACCUCAGUAUGUCAAGUGAAAUGUCCUGGACAAGUCUACAGAAGGAGCACUGACAGCCAGGCCUCUCCCGUCCCUGCAGACACUGGACACGGGGUCGGGUGCUGAUGAUCUUAAAAGACUCUGCUCAGCCCUGACCUGGGAGCCCAUGGAAGCGGACUUCAUGCAUUGCCUUUUACUUGCCCACCCAUGGGUCGUGGAGAAGCAGUCCCCAGGUGUAUCUGUCUAGAAGCUGCCAAAGCAGCCCAGUGGCCGCAUCCACACUGCUUCUGGCAGUGGGCUAAUUACAUGGCCUUCUAGAUGGACUGUUUUCCCUCAUUAGUCUUUGGAGUCCUUGAAAUGAGAACAGCUAAAUUCAAUCUAAUUGAAAGACACAAUAUAAACUGUGAGCCAUGCCAUAGGCUACAAUACUGAGAUGACCCACUUGAAGAUUCUCAAACCUUUCACGGCUAUUUCCCGAUUACCAAUAAUUAUGUUAGGGGGGCAGGGAUGGUACUGACCUCGGCUGAAUACUGGUAGGUUUUCUAUCUGUGCCCUGAGAGGAGUGAACAGAAGUUCCCCUCGUGCGUGGACCUGGCAAGUGUGAAAGGCUGGCGUUUGACAGAGAAGACCCAGAACUGAAAGUUGAGGUAGUGAGCAGCCCCUCCUACAAAGGGAGGGAGAAAGCUGCCUGGUCACUUGUUCCUUGGGUUAGAUGAACUGAUAUUCCCUGUGUUAGCUUCCCAUGAGGACCAUCGAUAAGCCACGACCUGGCAGGUGCAUGGAUUGGGCCUGAGCAGGCAGAGGUGGCUGGGUGGGGUGGGGCGGGGAAAUCACCAGUUUCCAGCACUUUCCCUACUCGGGAUGGCUUCUGAGUCACACAUCCAGCUACAGGUGUGUGGGUUCCACUGACAGACGGCAGAAGCCUCAGCUCUGGUGCCAACUCAUACAUUUUAGUAAGAGUUCCCCUAACUGGUACAAACAGAACCAGACCACAUCCAUGCUUGUGCAAGAAUGGGAAGUCCUUUCACGGAGGCCUGUGCACCAGCAGGCCACACUUCCUGGGGUUUAAGGGGUUCUAUAAACACAUCUUUCAGAUGUGUCAGAGCUGGCCUUGGCUUUUCCCUGGAAGCUGUGCUAUGUAGGACCUCUAGCCGCCUGGUUUAGGGUUUCAAGACAACAAGGGGACAAGGUGGUUGUGUCAGAGCUGGAUGGGAGGAGCCUCAGAAGGAGUCAGAACUGGAUGGGAAGAGCCUCAGAAAGACACUGUGAUGGCAUCACCUCUGGGAAUGCUCACUCCAUAUGCUCUUCUCAGUUGACAAAAUCGGUUCUGGAAACGACUCUUACCCAGCUGCACCACCCACCAAGGUGAGGCCAGGACUUCAGCUUGUCAGUGCUUUCUGAGAAGCUUGAUGACCAAGCCAGACCUUUUGGUAAGAAUGGAGUGUGUAAAAGCGAACCUUACUGUUCUCUGUGGAAGGUGAAGCUGAGCCCUCUGGCCACUGGCGCUCAGGCUUGCAGAGCCACCGGUGUCCCCUUUCUCUCUGUCUUGUGGGAGGUUAGCAGAACGCUCUCAACAGCCAGUCUUCAUCAGGGAACACAGUGUGGGCCCGUGGCUCCCUGGGUGAGGUAACGCUCUACAGGGCAUCUCCUCCUGCUUGUCGGAAAUAAACCACAGCAUUGGUGUCCCCUCUGUCUCAGCUUUUGGCUGGGCAAGGAGCCAUGUCUGGUGAUGGAAGUGGGUUGUCUACUCUCCCCUGUCCCUCAGCUGCCCUGGAAAGAUGGCCCCAGCAAUGAUCUUACCAAGCUGGGGAAUCUGGUCUAAGAUGAGGGCCUCCAAGGUUUCCCCCACCCCCUUCACUGACAGUUUGACAAAUAUUUCCAAAACACAUUUGGAAAACUAAUCAUUAGAAGGAGUGUGGUGUCUCUGAGGUAGCAGGCACGUAAGAAACAAGGGGGUGCCCAGGACUCUGGAGAGGAAUGGCUACCAUCACAGGUAUGGGGGUGGAGGCAAUGGCUUUCCUCAUCAUCAUCGGCUGUACUUCAAGACAGUUAAAGGUCAACAUUCUGAUUUAUUAGUUUAUAAUCUUAUUAUUUCCAGGUAAAACAAGUCAAUGUUUCAGAUCUUCUCUUUUGAUCUUUUUUUGGCCUAAAGCAUUGUGUUGGGGAAGGGUGUAAAUCUCUGAAGUGGACGUUAAUUUUUAUGUGCUAUUUUAGUAUCUAUUUUAUUCAUUAAAUUUAUCUGAGAA